AUGGUGUUGGAGUUAGUUGUACGAGAUUUGAAACUGCUCAAACCAAUAAAGACUAUAUUAGAAAAUGAAGGCUUGUUUGUUAAGCCUAUAUAUUCUGAAGGUGAAGACAAGAUCAUUAGAACACGGAUCAGUGAUUCAAACCAUCAAUUGCUAGAGAGUCUCGGUACUGGAGUUCUGAUACGUGAAAUCGAUGGCCCGGUUAUACAAUCUCAUACCAAGAAUGACAUAACGGAGUUCACAAGACACUUUUUCGAGGGAAAAUUGGAAAAUGCAACUGUAAUUAAAUUACUUGAGGUAUUGCCUGUUAAAUAUACAGUAUUUCCACCAUUACUAUUGUUCAAUUACUCCAAACAGAGAUCUUUUUUGAAUGAACUUUGGCAGCAGACGGUACCGUCUGAGCUUAUGGAUCAAUUCUACCAGGCGAUGCUAUCAGCGCCAUUCCUAGCCAACAAGAAAGUUUCACAUAUAGCUACAAAUAUGCCCAUAAUAGAGUCAGAUGUAAUGCGGAGGCCCUUUAACAUAGUACCAUUGUAUGGUUUUAAAAAUAGUAUACCGAACGAGGACAAGAUAUGGGACUCACCUAGCGCUCAGGAUUUCCAAGAUGCAUUGUGGUGCCAAGUGAAUCAAAAUGGGAUAGAGCAAGUGUGGGCUCCCCAAUUUACCAUGUUCAGUAGAGGAAAUAUAAAAGAGAAGAAACGUAUCUUAGAUACUUUUACUGACAUUGAAGGAAAUGAUGUGGUGGACAUGUACUCCGGAAUAGGCUAUUUCACUUUAAGUUACCUCACUAGGAAUGCCCGUACUGUAUUUGCAUUCGAAUUAAACCCAUGGAGUGUGGAAGGUCUCAAACGAGGUCUCAAGGCUAACAGGAUCGACCAGAAUAGAUGUCAUAUAUUUAAUGAAAGCAAUGCCAACUGUUUGACAAGAAUAAAAGAGUAUGCAAGCAUACACGGACCACCACACAUAAGACACAUUAACCUGGGACUGCUCCCAAGCUCAAGAGAUGGCUGGCCAUUGGCUGUACAACUCUACAGAUACCAAUUACAGUUCAGUACGGACAGGAUAACGAUACAUAUCCAUGAAAACGUCCACAUAGACCAUAUACGUGAUAAUAGCUUCAUCGCAAACACAGUAGCCCAAUUACAGGAAAUCGACUCGGAACUAACAUACACACCAACUCACUUGGAGCAGAUAAAGACAUUUGCUCCAGAUGUUUGGCACAUAUGCCUCGAUGUAGAUAUAGACCACUAG